AUGACUCCAGAACGACUAUUUCACGACCCUGAACCACGGGAUUGGAACCGCGAACUCAUCUCGGCACCAUUGGUCACAACUUACAGCCUCAGGGCCCUCAUCGACUCGCCGCAAUUCCACCAAAAGCUUGUCCUUCCAUCCGGGCGGACAGUCUCGUAUACGACAUGCGGGUCAAAGACAGGAUCACUCGCAUUGUACUUUUACGGACUGGGCGGGAGCAGUCGUCAAAUUGCAAGCAUGCACGCUCAAGCAGUGCGGUUAGACCUUAAGCUGUUGAGCAUUGACCGACCUGGAACAGGAUAUACAGACCCAUACAAGUCGUCUUCUUUGAGCAGUCGGAAAAAGGAAAAGACCAGGACAAAGUUGACGAGGAACGGUCAGGGUCUCAACCAGAGGAACGUUAGCGCCGGGGCCACGUUUGAUGAAGAGGAGGAUGAGGUGGACGAUACUGUGGCGACGGCGUUAGGAAGUAAUGAUGAGGGUACCAGCAACCAAGGCGACAGUGAAUUGAGCGAGGGUGCACGAAAGUCCUCAAAGCGGCGGCGGUGGACCCUAAAAUCAGGAGAAAAGUCAAACGACGGCAAAAAGUCGCGCAAGGUCAACAAGCGGGUGAUACACACCUGUCUCGAGACUCUGGCGGUGGUCGAUCAAUUGCACCCGGGGGCUCGGUUUGGAAUGAUGGGUCACUCCUGUGGGAUCUACUAUAUCAUGCAGAUGCUCCAGCUCUGUCCCGAACGCAUCCAGCGUGGCCCCAUUACCCUGCUGACACCCUGGGUGCCCUUCAACGAGUGUCCCGAAACGACCAGUCGAUCGUUCAAGUUCCUCAAGCAUAUCCCUCGAGGUUUGGUCUGGGCGGUGACCAGCUCGAUCAACCAUCUGGGCUCGGUGAUAUUGUCGUCAACCAAUGCGAUCUCGGGGUCGCUCUCGAACAAGACUCUGGCUGCCGAUAAUGCAUCCGAGGCCUCCGUGAUCGACCACAGCGGUUCUUCCGGUAACGGCAACACCAACGGAAAUAGGAGCGGGACGAAAACGAAAAGGCCAAGCAGCAGCAGCGGCAGCAGCAGCAACAGUCUGAACAGAUGGAAGAAGCAAGGCAGGAAAAAGGAUCACAGCCCGACAAGGAGCGACGACGAUGGAGCGAUCAACUUUGAGCGCAGGCCUGUGGACCCAUUCGUCCUGCAGUUCUCGGAGGCGUUUGACAAGAUUUUGCUGCCUGCUCUUGUCCAGGACAUGAACCGCCAACACUCCAACGGCUACAACUCCGAGAUCCAGAUGUGCAUCUCAGACGUUGGCUUCGAUAUUUCAGAUGUAAUCAUACCGGACGGAGUCACCAUCAACGCGUACUGUGGCCAUCUCGACAACAUGGUCCCGAUCGAGGCUGCAAGGGAGAUGGGUGCAAAGUGUGGCUGGGAUAUCCACGAGUUCAAGUUUUCGGGACAUGGCGGGCCGAGGAUGUAUAUGUAUGCGAUGGAAGAUUAUGCGCUCGAGAUCCAGGCGAUUGAGAGGGCUAGAACGGAUAACGAGCAGCGGUUUUCUGAGAAGAGUGUUUAUUCAUACCAUCUCUAG